AUGGCAACUCGACCGACAGAUAACCAGCGCGUGGCCUCACAUGGACGCGGAGGUGCUGGCAACAUUGCAAAAGACGACCCAACAAACUAUCCCAAGCCAGAAGACCUCGUCACACCGACACUCAAGGGCGACACCUACACGACCGGUCGGGGCGGAACUGGAAACAUGGCUCGCAACGACCCCGAGCGCCCUGAGAUUGCGCGCGCUGCUCAAGACGUCGAGGGCUCACCACAACCAGAGACUGCAGGCCCCAAACACUACGGCCGAGGAGGCGCAGCCAACGUCAUCAGUAAUGACACAUCUGCACCGGGCAAGAGCGACGAAGCCAAACACGACGACAAUGUUGCUGCAAAGGGUCUCCUGGGCAAGGGCAAGGAUCUCUUGCAUAAGCUUGGAAAGAAAUAA